UCCACCUGGGAAUCCUCCACUUCAUAGACAAGCUCGUCAUGGAGCUGAGCUAUCAGCCUGCAGCCAGAAAACACACACACACACACACACACACACACACACACACACACACACACACACACACACACACACACACACACACACACACGGAAUGGGCCUCAGCCCGACCACUGUCUGGUUCAGGGGUAAAAAGUAAUGGAUCAACUGGUUCUGUGCAGAGAAAGAAGCUCAAAAUCAUAUUUUUAGAUAACAUAUUUCCCAUUGAUUUCUCUGCCGUUUGUUGUUCUGGUGAAACAGCGCCAACACCUGUGUUUCAGCACAGUUGGCUUUAGAUGCCACAUGCAGCAGUCUCAAUUUUGGUCCAUCUGUGUGAAUGUGAACAGUCAAACUCGAGGCCUCUCGUUUCGCAGAGGGCACAGUGUUGGAGGGAUUCCUCCUCGGAGAGGCUGACUUAUCAAAUCCUUCCAUUUCAAUUUUUGGAAUAAACAAAACACCACCUCAAAAACACAUCCUGAAUUUGCAGACAUUGAGAGAUUUCCAUCAACUGGAGCUUUGAAAAGCUCCACAGUGUUUUAGAGUGAGACAUUAUGUCUGAUGGAUGUCUUACGGAGUAAACUAAUAAACUGUCCAUCACAGUGAGCUCCAGUCUGUCUGCAUUUUUCCUCCUGGCUGAAGACGGGUGAAACUGACACCAGAUAAAGAUCUGACACACCCCACUCAACAACAGAUCACCGCUCUUCAGACUUCAGAGCUCAGACGGCUUUCUCAAAGUGAGACCGGUACGUUGAAAUGGCUCAGCAAGGAGCUCAUCUGUUCCUGGAAACCAUCAGCUGUCCGAUCUGUCUGGAUUCCAUGAGGGAUGCGGUGACCAUUCCCUGUGGACACAGCUACUGCAGGAAAUGUAUUCAAGGUUUCUGGGAUGAAGACAAUCAGAGGGAUCCCAGCUGUCCUCAGUGCAGACAGACCUUCACACCAAAGCCCGCCCUGAAGAAAAACACAAUGUUAGCCGAUUUAGUGGAGAAGCUGCAGAAGACCGGACUCCAAGCUGCUCCCGCUGACCACUGCUAUGCCGGGCCUGAAGAUGUGGCCUGUGACUUCUGCAGUGGUAGAAAACUGAGAGCCCUCAAGUCCUGUCUGAUGUGUUUGGCCUCCUACUGUGAGAAACACCUCCAGCCUCACUAUGAAUCCUCAACAUUUAAAAAUCACAAGCUGGUCCAGCCUUCCAAGAAUCUCCAGGAGAACAUCUGCUCUCAUCAUCAAGAGGUGAUGAAGAUGUUCUGCCGCACUGACCAGCAGUGCAUCUGUUACCUGUGUUCUCUGGAUGAACACAAAGGCCACGAUGUAGUGCCGGUGACAGAAGAAAGGUCUGAGUGGCAGAGAAGAGUUGAGACAAGCCUACAAGUCCAGCACCAAAUCCAGGUCAGCAACAAAGACCUGAAGCUGCUUCAGCAGGAGGUGGAGAAGAUCCGCCGCUCUGCUGACAAAGCAGUGCAGGACAGUGAGAGGAUCUUCACUCAGCUGAUCCGUCUGAUGAAGAAGAGACGCUCCAAUGUGACGCAGCAGAUCAGAUCCCAGCAACAAGCUGAAGAGAGUCGAGUGGAAGAGCUUCAGGAGACGCUGGAGGAGGUGAUCACAGAUCUGAGGAGGAAGGAAGCUGAUCUGGAUCAGCUUUCACGGACAGAGGACCACAACUACUUUCUUCAAAACUACUCUUCGCUGUCAAGUCUCCAUGAAGCUACAGAGUUGCCCAGCAUCAAGAUCUGCCCUGUGGAGGACUAUAAGAACUUCACAAUGGCUGUGUCAGAGAUCAGCGACAGCCUACAGGAGAUUCUGAGUGAUGAGUGGAUGAUGUCACUGAGACAAACAGAGCCAGAGACCAGAGACGGACUCUUAAAAUACACACAACAGAUCACACUGGAUCUGAACACGGCGCACAGACGUCUGAAGCUGUCUGAAGGCAACAGAAGAGUAUCGUGUGUGUUUGAGAUGCAGAGUUAUCCUACUCACCCAGACAGAUUCACCGCCUAUCGUCAGGUUCUGAGUUCACAGGGCCUGACCGGACGCUGUUACUGGGAGGUGGAGUUUGUCACGAGGGGGAUUUCCAUAGCGGUCGCCUCCAAGACUAUCGAGAGAAGCGGGACUAAGAGUGGAUUUGGGUACAAUGACAAGUCCUGGUCAUUAGAAUGCUACAGCGAUCGUUACGAAUUCAGACACAACAGGACUGUAACUCCAGUCUCAGGCCCAAAGUCCUCCACCGUGGGGGUGUAUCUGGACCACAGUGCAGGGAUUCUGUCCUCCUACAGCGUCUCUGACACUGUGACUCUCCUGCACCGAGUCCAGACCACCUUCACCGAGCCGCUCCACGUUGGGCUUUGGCUUUACCGCUCUGGACCUUAUCUUCAUUAUCUGACGCGGACCGCUGAGAUCCGGCAGCUCAUGUAGACAGACGCUACAGAUUUUCCACUGAAACCACCUGUCACUCAGACAGUGUGGGCGAGGCUAGGACACAGACGAUUGGCACUGGUGGUGGUGUUUUGUUUUUUAAAACAGUCUAAUAAGACUAUUUAGCCACACAUUAGCCUGAAGAACAUACCAGGUUCACUGUACUAAAAAUGUACCUAAACGUGAUUUUUGUGGACUGUCACACCCGUAUUUUUUAACAUACAAGUCACUUUGGAAUACAAGAAAAACAAAAAACUCUACAACUUACAAUCCAGGAAACAGGGUAUUUUCCUUCAUGCACACCUUUGUGUGGGGUUCUAUCACUGCGUCAAGUUUAACUAAAACCCACUAAGCAGUUUAGGAGGAUUUGAGCUCUAAAGGUCCACGAACGGAGGGACGGACAGACUGGGCGAUUCCAAGAUAAACCCAUAAGGUUUUGUGUGCAGGGAGAAGAAAAAAAAAAAAAAAGAUCUCAAAUCAUGUAUGCGUUGCUUCUUACAAUCAUGGGCAGAAGGUAAAAUCUGAUUUACUAAUAUUUAAAUGACAUGUUUAUGUUAAAUUGAUGUUCAGGAAAGAACUCAAGAUUUGGUAUUUCGCUGUGCAGGUGAAAGCUUUUUUGAUAUAUUGUACCCUCCGGGAAGAGUUAGAGGACUUGGCUGAGGAUAGGGAAGUGUGGGAUGAGCUGCUUGGUCUACUGCCACUGCAUUCCAGAUCAGCGGCAGAAAAAGAAUGAAUUAACGAAUGAAUGUGUGUCAGCUGUGUGUUUUGGUGAAUUAAAUGCUCUCCUGUUGAUAUUUUCUGGAAGUGCUGUAAAA